AUGUUCAGCUGGCUGCGCUCCGACGACCGCCGGAGGAAGGACCCCGAGGUCUUCCAGACCGUGAGCGAUGGGCUCAAGAAACUCUACAGAACCAAGCUGCUGCCCCUGGAAGAGCACUAUCGCUUCCACGAGUUUCACUCUCCCGCCCUGGAGGACGCCGAUUUCGACAACAAGCCCAUGGUGCUGCUGGUGGGCCAGUACUCCACCGGGAAGACCACCUUCAUCAGGUAUCUCCUGGAACAGGAUUUCCCGGGCAUGAGGAUUGGGCCAGAGCCAACCACUGACUCCUUCAUUUCGGUGAUGCGCGGCGAGGUGGAGGGCAUCAUCCCCGGGAACGCCCUGGUGGUGGAUCCUAAGAAACCUUUCAGGAAACUGAACGCCUUUGGCAAUGCCUUCUUGAACAGGUUUGUGUGUGCCCAGCUGCCCAACCCUGUGCUAGAAAGCAUCAGCGUCAUUGACACACCAGGCAUCCUCUCCGGGGAGAAGCAGAGGAUCAGCAGAGGGUACGACUUCGCUGCCGUCCUCGAGUGGUUCGCCGAGCGGGUGGACCGCAUCAUCCUGCUUUUUGAUGCCCACAAGCUGGACAUCUCCGAUGAGUUCUCAGAAGUCAUCAAAGCCCUCAAGAACCACGAGGACAAGAUGCGAGUGGUGCUGAACAAGGCCGACCAGAUCGAGACACAGCAGCUGAUGCGGGUGUACGGGGCCCUCAUGUGGUCCCUGGGCAAGAUCGUCAACACGCCGGAGGUGAUCCGGGUCUACAUCGGCUCCUUCUGGUCCCACCCGCUUCUCAUCCCAGAUAACCGGAAGCUCUUUGAGGCUGAGGAACAGGACCUGUUCAGAGACAUCCAGAGCCUGCCCCGAAACGCUGCCCUGCGCAAGCUGAAUGACCUCAUCAAGAGAGCCAGGCUGGCCAAGGUUCACGCCUACAUCAUCAGCUCUCUGAAGAAGGAGAUGCCCUCCAUGUUCGGAAAGGACAACAAGAAGAAGGAGCUGGUGAACAAUCUGGCCGAGAUUUAUGGCCAGAUUGAGCGGGAGCACCAGAUCUCACCUGGGGACUUCCCCAACCUGAAGAGGAUGCAGGACCAGCUACAAGCCCAGGAUUUUAGCAAAUUCCAGCCCCUGAAAAGCAAGCUGCUGGAGGUGGUGGAUGACAUGCUGGCUCAUGACAUUGCCCAGCUCAUGGUGUUGGUGCGCCAGGAAGAAUCCCAGCAGCCCGCCCAGAUAGUGAAGGGCGGAGCAUUCGAGGGCACCCUCCAUGGCCCCUUCGGGCACGGCUAUGGGGAGGGGGCCGGGGAGGGCAUCGAUGAUGCUGAGUGGGUGGUGGCCAGGGACAAGCCCAUGUACGAUGAGAUCUUCUACACCCUGUCACCGGUGGAUGGCAAGAUCACGGGCGCCAAUGCCAAGAAGGAGAUGGUGCGCUCCAAGCUGCCCAACAGCGUGCUGGGCAAGAUCUGGAAGCUGGCCGACAUCGACAAGGAUGGCAUGCUGGAUGAUGAGGAGUUCGCACUGGCCAACCACCUCAUCAAGGUCAAGCUGGAGGGGCAUGAGCUGCCCAAUGAGCUGCCCGCCCACCUUGUACCCCCCUCCAAAAGGAAGGCCGCUGAGUGA